CUCGUCUUGUUUUUUUUGGGAAGGGACUAUAUAUAUUUCUCUCUUUAGUACUUUCCAAGUAAAUUCUCACACAAAACUAAUAGACGGUGCAGGGUUCUAUGGAGUUAAAGAAAGGAAUCAUGAAUGCAAGAGUACUACUGGGGAUGCUAGUGGUACAAGUCAUCGCAACGGGGCUGCAAAUACUUUCUAGGGUUAUACUGAGUGAGGGUACUUUCAUUUUUGCCCUCAUGAGCUAUCGCAACGUCGUCGCUGCCUUCGCCGUCGCGCCCUUUGCGCUAUAUUUCGAAAGAGGCGCUCUAAGGAAAAUCAGUUUUGAAGCUUUUCUAUGGCUUUUCAUGGUAGCACUAACAGGGAUAUUGAUGGCUAUGGGACUAUUUUAUUAUGGUUUGAGGGACACGUCAGCUACAUAUGCUACCAACUUCCUUAACCUCAUUCCAGCAGUCACCUUUGUCUUGUCAACUAUUCUGAGAAUAGAAAAAUUGAAUGUGCAUACGAAAGCGGGCAAGAUGAAAAUCGCGGGAGCAAUGCUAUGCUUUGCAGGAGCACUCACAAUGGCUCUCUAUAAGGGCGAAUCUUUCAACCUUAGUAUUUACAAUCAACAUAAAAUUCUUGUCAAAACACACCAAAAUAAUACUAGAGGGACUAUGCUCUUGAUUGGAAGUUGUCUUUCUUAUGGAUGUUGGUUCAUUCUACAGGUGGAAUUAUUCAAAGUUUUCCCCCAUAGAUAUUCUGGAACUAUGAUUAUCUGCAUAAUAGCAUCAGUUCAAGCAACACUGGUGGGUUUGUGCGUAGAUAGAAAGCCUAUGUCAUGGCGAUUAGGUUGGAAUCUUCAGCUUCUUACCAUUUUCUACUCGGGUGUAUUGGCGACAGCCGCAACAUUUGCUUUGAUUUCGAUGGCUAUUAUUGCAAAAGGGCCAACAUAUCCUUCUAUGUUCAAUCCUUUAUCUCUCAUUUUCAUCCUUAUAAUUGAAGCUAUUUUCUUCGCUCAAGAUCUCUAUAUCGGAAGCUUGAUAGGCAUGGUUUUGAUCAUAACGGGGUUGUAUUCAUUCUUGUGGGGAAGACAAAAGGAUAUGAAAGCCGCGCCGCCGCAGCUCUGCCUCAAAGAUAUCGGAGGCGGCGAAGAUGUGGAGAAGAUAAUGGAAUCUGGAGGGUUGCAAUCCUCCGCCAUCAUCGCUCCAGCUACUUCUCCCAUUAAUGUUACAGCUAUUCAUAAAUUUGAUGAAAUUUCAUAAAAAAUUGAUGCGAGGUUGGAGAUUUUAGAAAAAUAAGAAGAAAAAGAUUUAGGUGUAUUUGACAUAUAAUAUGAUGAAAGAUAGAACCUGACUUGUGAGCAGCAUCUCAUUCGGAGUUCGUAAGACCAUAACUAACUUGUGAGUAUCAUCUCAUCUAUAGUUUGAUAGACCAAAGUUGAGUUCUAAUUAAGCAUCACUCAUUUGGAGCUUGAAA